AUGGCCCUGCCGGACGCCAGCUCGGAUCUCACCCUGCACACCAUGAGUGAAGCGUUGCCCCAUUUGAUGGUUGGGGUUGACCUGGGAACAACAUCCUGCACCGUCAGCUUCGAAUGGAUGGGUAGCAAGGUUUCUCAUCUGCUCAAAUUUCCAACCCACAGCAAUGCCAAGAACAAUGAGGAACUAGAUGCUAUCCUUGCAUGCUCACAAGACAGAUGGUACUAUGGAGAAAAUGCUCAAUUUCGGCCCCAUGCCGUCCUCUUUGAACAUAUCAAACUUGCGGCUAUGGGACGGAAGCCCUAUACGAGUAUUCUGAAGAGAGCGUUGCGUGAGGCAGCAACAAAUUAUGGAACAGCCUUGACCAUCUUGAAUCUGUUCGAGAAGAUUUUCUCGUACAUUCUUGAAGUUUUGGAGGUGCAGUUACCCAAAUUAUCAGAAAGCAGUGUCUUCUCAAGGGGUCGACGUUUCGACGAAAUCCAGAAAUACUGUCGAGUGACGUAUCCAGUGGAAUACAACGUUUGGCUCCGAAUGAUGCUUUUUGAGGCGGCACGAAGCGCGGGCUUCGAUGAGGUUGCCGGAGUCUCGGAACCUUUGGCAGCUGCUCAUUAUAUUGCAUUCGAAAGUGAACGUGCUCGAUUACCUUCUCAAGCUAUGUUGAUCAUCGAUAGUGGCGGUGGAAGCACAGUUAGACUGCGGACUCCCUUGAUACGCAACUCAUCGUCUAAUUCUUUACGUAGGAUGGCGCAACGGUAUAUUUUGAUGCUGAAGAAGUCAAGCUGGCCUGCCCUACUGAUGGUGAGAACUCUUGCAAGCAUUCGAUGA